CCCGACCGAUAUAUCGGCCGGCCGAUAUUAUCGGCCGAUAUGAGCUAAUUGCAUUUAAAUCGGCAUCGGCGUUUAUAACGGCCGAUAAAAAAACAUGAGAAACAGAGUCUCAUGCUUCACUCAUGUUAUGAGUGUUGCAUAGUUUGCCCACCAGAGGGAGGUCUGCAACUCCCAAGUUGACAACAGCGCCAGAAUCCGCUACAGAAGAAAGCUAUCAGCCAAGCCAGUGGCAGAGCAUUACACCUGGAUGAGAGAUGGCUGAAAAAGGUGAACGCUGUAGCAGCAAAGUGUGGGACUACUUCUCCAAAGAUUCCUCUAAUGCAGUGAUCUGCAAUAUAUGUGCAGUUAAUGUAAGCCAGGGGUCUGUCAAAGCAAAGCAGAAAAACACUUCCAAUUUGUGGACUCAUCUGAAAACCAAACACAGUGAGCAAUAUAAAGAGGCACAGCAGCAGAGUGAGGUACAAAAAACUCUUUCUGUUAGAACACAGCAGCCUACCCUGCCACAAGCAUUUGAUAAGGUACUCAAAUGGGGUCCAUCAGAUCCAAGGGCAAAAAACCUGGACAAAAAAGUAAUGGAGAUGAUAGCGACAGACAUCCAAGCUUUUUCUGUGGUGGAAGGUGUGGGGUUUAGAAGGCUGCUGGCUGCUGCAGAGCCUAGGUACACUCUGAAGACAGAAAAGUUUUAUCGCACAGAUAAAUUGCAUCAUGUGCAUGCAAAAGUGGUGAUCAAGAUAAAGGAGCUUUUGGCUGUUGAAAAUGCAAAGCAUAUUGCAUUUACAACAGAUUGUUGGUCAGGGUCCACUGAGUCGUUAAUGAGCUUGACUGCUCACUUCAUCGAUGAAGAAUGGAACAGGGUGCAAGUUGUCCUAAAUGUGAAAGCCAUGAGUGGAUCUCACACUGGUGAGUACAUUGGACAGUUGUUUUUAGACAUGCUUACCGAGUGGGAUAUAGACAGUGAACGUGUGCUGCUGGUGCUCAGGGACAGUGGAGCCAAUGUUGUUAAGGCGAUGAGGUUGGUGGAGAUGCCUGACCUCAGCUGCAGUGCUCACACUCUCCAGCUUGUUGUGAAUGAUGGCCUCCAGGCACAGAGAGCUGUAGGUGACAUCCUGGCCAAACUGAAGAGGUGUGCAACCCAUUUUGGUCAUUCAGUCCCUGCCAAGCAGAGGCUUGAACAAAUUCAGAAGGAUGUUGGUCUACCUGAACACCGCAUUCUCCAGGCAUGCCCAACCAGAUGGAAUUCCACAUUGCAUAUGCUCCAAAGGAUGCACGAGCAAAAGAGAGCACUGACAGUCUACUCUGGGGACUUUGGACAUUUUACAUGUCCAAGUGUGGAGGAGUGGGACCUGGUCGAAAAGCUGAUUAACACACUGGAACCAAUUGAGGAAAUUACUCUAGAAGUGAGUAAGUCUGAUGCAUCUGCAUCAUGCAUCAUCCCCACCAUUGAGGUUUUGAAAAGAUUUCUGGAGACUCAGGGUCCUGAAACUAGAGGAAUUCAGACUUUGAGGAAGGUCAUGCUCGACAGCUUAACCAGAAGGUUUUCCAAGAUUGCAGAGUCCAAAGAAGCAGUGCUGGCCUGUGUGCUGGAUCCUCGUUACAAACAGCGUCCCCUCUCUGACAGCACAACCAAGAAGGCCAAAACCUGGCUUGAAAAAGAGGCAGACAAACAACAUCAAGCAUGCUCAGAAGCCACUCAUAAGGAUGCCGAGGGAUAUUCAAAGAAACCUAGAAUGGAGAAGUCCCUAGACCAGAAGCAGAGUGUGCUUGACCAUCUCUACGAGGACAUGUUGCAGAGCCAGCAAACAGUGACAGGGGUGUCUGAGAGUCUGAACGAGGAGCUGGAUCGGUAUCUUCAAGAGCCCGUUCUUGAUCGCAAAACAGGUGACCCCCUGCAGUGGUGGAGGCAAAACGCUGGCCGCUUCCAGACUCUGGCUCCAUUGGCCAGAAGGUUUCUCACUCCUCCACCUUCAUCUGUCCCUAGUGAGAGGGUAUUCAGCACUGUGGGGGGCAUCUAUCAAGAUAGGAGGAGCUCUCUAACAGGUUCCAAGGCAGAGAUGUUGUGCUUCCUGUACUACAACCUGCCACUUCUCAACUGGCAGUACUAAGGAGCACCCUGUUCAAGACAUUUUUCAAAACACUGUUCAAAUAUUAAAGUUCAGAGCAAGACAGAGUUAAAGUCUAAAAGUAUAAUUUGUAAAAAGUAGUGAAGGAGAAAAACCUCUUGCCUGUGUGUUGUAUAUGAGAACAUUCUACAUUGUUUUAAUUAUAUUUUGGUAUUAUUUAUUUUAUAUUUAUUUAUUUUAUAUGUACUUAUGUAGCUAUACAUUUAACUUAUUUUAAUUUUAUUUUCAAUUCAUUGACAUGGUUUUGUGGAAUAUUUAAUUAGUUUGGUAUAGCUCUUUUACUUUAUAAUUUAUUUACAGUUCACAGACUGUUAAAACCAGCUUCAUCUGGAAGUUAAAGUGUUAAAUGUUUAAAACCAUACUGUUUUUUGAUAAUUAAAAAAUAUAUACUUUUGACGUGCAAUUGUUUAGUCAUUGAGCCUUUUUUUUAACAUAAUCUCUUCUGGAAAAUGGUUUAUACAGCCCACAUACAUAGAACAGGCAGAUAUUUUGCUAUUGAAUGUUGUGUAAGUGCAGUUUAUAGGAAAUGGGUCUAAUAUCCAGUUUAUUUUCCAAAUCAAAAUAUCGGCUUAUAAAUCGGCUCUUUUCGAGUUAAUAUCGGCAUCGGCAUCGGCCCCCAAAAAUCCAUAUCGGUCGGGCUCUA